UGAGAGGCGGUGCGUAAACACAGUGGGCGAAUAUGGCGUCCAGCAAGAAGGGUAGUGGGACUAGCAGACUGGAGAAAGGUGUGAAUGGAAGGCGCUCGUCCAAACACAAAGAGGGUCCAGUGGCGUCGACCGCUGACACCGACCGGACCCACCUGAACAGAGAGGACACAGACAUGGACAGAGCCUUGAACUCAGAUGCUGUGAUGGAUACCAAAGCAGUAUUUGCGGCCCUGUAUGGUGUGUGCGAAGAAAAUGCAGCUUUCUUCUCAGGGGGAGCCAAGGGGUCACAGGGUGAUGCUGCACGGCGGCUGGUGGAGGCCAUGAAGCAGAUUCAGGAGCACGCUCGCAAUCUGGAACCUGUUAUUUCUGGCUUUGCUAAUGUUUACCAUCACUUUGAUUUUGAUCCACAUAUACCAGCUAAUGGCUAUCGCUCCCUGGUCAAGGUUGUGCGUUGCUGCCUUCUCCACAUUAUCCACAAGGGCCACUACAUCACAGCCAACCGCCGCAGCAUCUUCUUCCGAGCAGCACAUAAUGCAGGGGAAAUGGAGGCGUACUGUAAUGCUCUGUGCCAGCUGCGUGCCCUGCUUUACCUGGCUCAGCGCAUGCUACAUGACAACAGCCACGGCAAUUUGUUUUUCCAGGAUGAAAGCGGGCUCAGCGAAAGUUUUGUCCGUGAAUACGCAUCCAUGCACAAGGGUUGCUUCUAUGGCCGUUGUCUGGGCUUUCAGUUCACUCCAGCCAUUCGCCCCUUUCUUCAGACCAUCGCUAUCGGCCUUGUGGCCUUUGGAGAAAACUACAAGCGGCAUCAGUCAGGAAUAGUGGAAGCAGGAGGUAUUGCACCAUAUGGGGUAGCAGCCAGCUCUUUCUUUACCUCAGGAAAGUAUGCCAUUGACCCCGAGUUGAGGGGGACUGAAUUUGACCGCAUCACCCAGAACCUGGAUGUACAUUUCUGGAAGGCAUUCUGGAACAUCACUGAAACUGAAGUCCUGUCUAGUCUUGCCAGUAUGACAUCCACUCAAGUCAAGGUAAACCGAGCUCUUUCUGUGCCUCCUGCGACCUUUGACCUUCCCUUGGCGGCCAACCACAGAGCAUCAGUGACUAUAGCUCCACCAUCAGCGCACAUCGGCACUGCUCCUGUUCAGAUGAGACUCAUUUCUUAUGACCUGCGUGAAGGACAGGACAGUGAAACACUGCUGUCUCUGUCCCGCUCCGAGGGGGGUGCUAUCUCUCUUUCCCUGGGGCUGAAGACCAAGCGCCUCCCCUCUUCUCCAUGUCUCCUGAUCCAUUUCCAUGGAGGAGGCUUUGUGGCACAGACCUCAAAGUCUCAUGAGCCCUAUCUAAAGAGUUGGUCCCAGGACCUUGGUGUUCCCAUACUGUCAGUGGACUACUCUCUGGCCCCUGAGGCACCCUUCCCACGCGCCCUAGAGGAAUGUUUCUAUGCCUACUGCUGGGCUUUGAGAAACCACCACCUAUUAGGAUGGACUGGAGAGAAGGUGUGCUUGGCUGGUGACAGUGCAGGAGGCAACUUAUGUGUGACGACAUCGAUGCGCGCUGCUGCUUUUGGUGUGCGAAUGCCAGAUGGCAUCGUGGCAGCCUAUCCAGCUACCCUGCUGACAGCCUACGCAUCCCCUUCCCGUCUGCUAACGCUCAUGGAUCCCCUGCUGCCACUCAGUGUGCUCUCUAGGUGUCUCAGUGCCUACGCAGGCAGUGGGCCACAGACCGAGAAGCAGGUGGAGAAGGUGAGCACGCUGAGCCUGGUGAGGAGAGACACUGCACUUCUGCUGCGAGAUUUCCGACAGGGAGCCUCCAACUGGAUCCACUCUCUGCUUGAUUCUAGCAGAGCUCCAGCCUCCACCAGCACAGCACCAGAGGCACCAACAGAAGCCACAGAUGCAGUGAGGAAGAGCAUUUCAGAGGCGAACAUCUCUUCUCCUCAUACAGACCCACCUGUCCCCACGGAUCUCUCGGAGUUCCCCAACAGGAAAUUAUCAGUGAAGAGCCAGACGUGCCAGAACUUGGGAUCCCACAGCAAUCCCAUUCCCAGCAGUGCACCGCUGCUCUCUGAGCGUGCUCCAGAAGAUGUCAGUUUCUUCUUUGCCAAAGAUGAAGAUCCCUCAGUGAUCACUGACCUGUCUUCAGUGGCCAUACCACCCCCUGCUGGAGAGGAGGGCUCACAGCAGGAGCACCCCAGGGAAUUUCCUCUUGGGUUUGAGCCACUGCGCUCAGAGCAACUGGCAGACAUGAAGGUGGAGAGCUCUCCAGUGGUCAAGGAUCCUUUCUGCUCACCUCUACUGGCCCCUGACAGCAUGCUGAAAGGGCUGCCACCUGUACACAUAGUGGCUUGUGCACUAGACCCCAUGCUGGACGACUCUGUAAUGUUUGCCAAGCGUUUGAGGAACAUAGACCAGCCCGUCACUCUGUGUGUGGUGGACGACCUACCCCAUGGCUUUCUCAGCCUAUCUCAACUCUCAAGGGAGACGAGGGAGGCUGCCAAUGUCUGCGUGGAGCGAAUUCGCGCCGUCUUCACACAGGACACACCCCCAGAGCCACGGAAGCACCGCAAGCUGGAACGGACUGACGGGGGUGUGUCAGCAUCUUCAGGGGAAACCAGUUCUCUCUUUGUUGCCCCCAUUGAGGGAGGAGAGCUAGCUGUCGGGAGAGGGGCUAAAAUUGCUGAUGGGGAGGGCUCAGUUGCUGUGGCAGCCCAGAAUAACACUGAUGCUGGUGGCAUCGGGGCUUAAAUAAGGCUAUAUAAUAAAAAAGGGGGACUGCAUUUCACUCGAGGAGCGAAGGGAGAAGGAGUAAAUGAAAGUUGGACAAAUUUAGGCAGCGCAGUGCCUAUAUGCAAGACAAAGCAUCCUGAAAAGCAGACAGGGGGUGGGAAAUGCAGUCUAGCAUAUCGCCCAGUGUUUGAGAGACAAAAAAAAUCAGCAGAGGAGGAGCACUGAAAUAUAACUUCCUCUGCUUUACAAUUCUUGCCACUUGUCUGUGCACCAUUAUACACCAACGCAAAUCUGGCAGACAAAGUGAACACACCCACAAGAGACAGUCAUGUUUUAGAAUAAAAUUAUUCAGCAGCUACUUAGAUCAAAGACCAGCGCUCACCCCCACACACAGCAAUCGUACUUAACAGAGUUGCUGUGAGGCAGCAAAGGCUCGGACAUAAAGAGGCACAGACCAUUCUCGAGACGAAGCCUGAAUGGGUGAUUCAUAUAGGCCGAGGCAGUGAUUCGAGGCCCUAAUCAGAUAGUAGUAGGGACACUAUAUGCUUCAGUGUGGAGUCACCUCUAUCAGAAUGGCCAUUUGUCCGUUAGGGAGCGACUCUAAAUAACACUUAAUAACUCCACAUUGUGUUCUCAAUUAUGCCAGUUUAGCAGUCAAUACAGCUCACUUUGUGGAUGGUAACUGUGUAGACUCUCUCCAAAAUAGAAUUACAAAGCUAGAACAACAGCGUGAAACACUCGAAACUGGAUGAAUUGAUUCACUUCUUUUCUCAUAUUUGUUGCAGUUUUAAAUCAUUUUAUGAAUUCUAUGCAGUAGUAUUAGUUUUGUUAUUUAUAUCAGUUUUUAUUGCAGUUAUGCCAGGCUUAAUUGUUCUUUUCUGUUCUAUAUUAUAUAAUGAACUCUUUUCAUUUCUUUCCCCCCAUGUUUUUUAGUGUGCUGAAUAUUUACCUCUGCUUUUGUGUGUGUAGCAGCAGCUGUUCUGACAUCGCUGGCCUUUCCAAUUAAGCUUCUGUUCUACCCUCAGCAAUAUACAAUGAUCAGAGUAAAUGUAGAACAUUACACAGGGACAGAGUGCCCUGCCUUGUGCAUUUUGUAGUGAUAUAGUAAUGCUAGUACAAAGACUGGACUGCAUUAGUUUGUAGACAAGUACACUUAGGAUACAUCUUGUAGGUCUUUCAGUGACAAUCAUUGCUUUGAUAUUAAAAAAAAAUGUUCUUUUUUUUCCCUUUUUUUGUUACAGCAGCAGAAAGUCCAGCUCUCAGCUAUCAAUACACAUUUAAAAUUUCACUACAGUGAUUUCCUCUCAAGUUGCCCUGGUCACUGACUGUGUGCUACUGUUCACUACUUCUCUGCACAGUAGGGACUGUGUCAAAGUGCCACUUCUCUGUAGCUGUGGGAUUUCCUGCCUGACAACUCUUUUUCUUUCUUUCUUUUUUUUUUUUUUAAUUACAAAUCGGAGGCUUUUAGGAAAAACUUAAGCAAAGGAAAGAGAUUGCAGAGGUGCGUUGUAAAAGCCAUUAAGAGUUUUGUAAGACGUUUUUGACCAACUAAACGUGUCUGGUCCAUCAUAUAUAUAUUUUUUUUAGCUCCCCACUGUCAGAUUUGGGCGUUUCUUUGUUUACGAUAACCUGAGGACACUCCCUUUUGCAUGUUGCUAUCAAAGCACUUUAAAGUAUGCAAAAAUGUCCUUUGUAGGGUCAGUCCCUCUAUCACAUCCAAGUAAAUAUAGAUGCCAACAAUGCUGGCACUGUCCUGCCCUUGCCUGGUAAGAAGGCUGGGGUUGCCAGGUCUGUAGAGAGGGAUGCUGUGUGAUGAAUUGGAUUUAGCUGAUGCUUAGAGAGCAAAAUCCUCCCCCCGUUGAAGAGCAGGAUUUUCAGUAGGAAAGUCAUGCUACAGGAUUAUACCAUACUCAGUUGUCAGCUUCAAGUACUUACUGCAGUAUUUUUAGUCAGAUUGAUGGAGAGAACAAGGACCGAGAAGAGGAAGAAAGUUAGACAGUCGCUCUUUCCGAGAUGCUGGGCUGAAGCAAGUGUUUGCUUUACUAGCUGCUGUUUAUGCUCACUGUGCACUUUUGCAGUAGUUGCACUGUCGCUCAGUACAAGUUUAAUUUAAGCAAAGCUUGAACAUGUCACCUCCCUCCCCUCUCCCCCGCUUUGUGCCUCUGUCUGUGUCUGAAAUGGAGAAUGGCUGCACACAUAAUCACAGUUGUCUGUUACGUGUUGAGAAACAUGAGCUCUUUGUGUUGUGUUCAUAUCAGACAGGAAUAGCACUUCACACUUUAAACUAUUCAUAGUAUUAAUUAGCUGUUGUUGAGAGAUGUGUCUCUAAUGUAGUCAAGCCUCUGUGAGACAACAGUUUUUAUCUGAUAUACUGUACACAACCUCAUCCAUACUGAAGUCAACACCGCACAGGACGAACAACAAAGGUGACGGGCCAUUAGCAGUUUCUUGUAUAAGGAAUUUGAGUUAACUUGCUUUAUUUUGAUUCUGUUUAAAUUGUGUCAAAUUCUUAUAGGCCUUCCUAUGCCUCAUAUCCUUGAUGACCCUCGUGCAUCAGGCUAACCUGAGUGCAGGCGGUGGACCAGGGAGUCCUUCUGGUGUUCUGAUCAGACAUAGGCUUGCUGAUUCUCAUUUUUGCUUCUUUUGUUGAACCGUUUGGUGCUUUAAUGCUGCCUACAACUAUUAGCUGAAAUAUUUUGUUCAGUAUUGAUUCAUUUAGCGCUCGGUUGAUGUUGUCUCGUGUGUUGAUUAUUUUGUUUAAUGAGCAGCUGCUGUGGUAGUUGUUUAAUAUAGCUGCAUUGUUGUUGUUGUUGUUGUUGUUGUUGUUAUUGUUGUUAUUAUUAUUAUUAUUAUUAUUGUUAUUAUUAUUAUUAUUAUUAGUUCAGUCUCAAGUUGUGCAGUAUACCUCUACAGUUUGACUCUAUUCACUAGAGAUUUUCUUUGCCUCAGGCUGUUUUCAGUGAAAUGCAAUGCUAACUGCAAUACUGCUACAACGGCUCCAAUGUUGAGCCAUUGGAGCAACAUUUGCAGCAAACUUGUGUAGUUACACACCAGCAAAAUAUUUUUUCUUUUCAUUCCCUGCUUCCUCCAUCACAUUUCUUCCUCCGUCACAUUUUUUUUCUUUUUGGUGCAAUAUGUUUGACUCACUUCAAGCUUACACUUCACAGCUCAUAUGUAGGUUCCUUGAAGCUUGCUUUCUUUACAAACACCUCUGUGUUGAACUUACUUUAAGCACUUUGCAGAAAUGUUACAUGUCAUUCAUUUAUGGAUAAAGUUUCAAGUUGAACCAAAGACUGAAGCCAGAGUCUUGUAACAGAGAUGUGCUGACAUUACUGCUUAAUGUUCACUGUUCUCGUUGAAAAUGCAGGUGCUAGUCAGUGUCAUAGUCUGCCUGCACUCCAUAUGCAAAUUGCACUGCAUCAGUUCUGAUGUAGAAUAUGAUUAGCCUUUUAAAAAAAAAGCUUGUAUACAUGACAAGCCAUAGACUAUAAAAGUGAGAUGUUUUUAAGUUUACUUGUUUUGUUGCUGUUCUUUAAAAACACCGUAAGUGCAAACCCAUGAAUAAAAAGAAUGUAUAUUAAAUAUUAUGAUUUAUGUAGAUAUUUUUACUUAAAUUUGUUAAUCAGAUUGGUUGUAGAUUGAUUUUUUGACUGCAUUUCUUUGCAGGUUUCACAUUAGGGUGAUGUGUCUGCUGCGCCAGGCUAGUUACUCCCUUUGUUGAUUUUUAUCCAAAUAAAAUUCUGUCAUGAA